AUGACGUACAAGUCCUAUAAUCCUCUCGCCACUAUCACCGAUCCUGCUCCCGCCUCGCCGUCCUCCAUUAAAGCGGGCCUGGAUCUGAAAAACAGGACCUACUUUGUCACCGGCGGCGCCCGUGGCCUCGGCUUGAGCCUUAUCACUGCCAUUUUAGAGGCCGGCGGCAGCGCAGUGGCUCUGGACCUGCUGCCAGAGCCCCUCACCGAAGAGUGGGCCGCUGCACAGGCGCUCGCCAAGGAAAACGGCGGGUCUCUCUCGUUCAACACGCUCGACGUCACCAGUGAGCCGGCCGUGGAGUUGCUGCUACCCCGGCUCGCUCAGGAGGCCGCCCAAGCAGGCAGACCGGUUCACGGCCUGGUGAACUGCGCCGGCAUCAACCAGAAGCUGCCAGCUAUCGACUACCCCGUCGAGCUGUACCGGAAAAUCGUUGAUAUCAACUUUGUGGGCUCGUUCAUCAUGGCCAAGCACACGGCCAAGAUUCUUGUAGCAGAACGGACGCCAGGCUCGAUCGUCCUGAUUGGGUCGAUGUCCGGCAUUAUCGCGAACCGUGGGCUUGAAAAUACGGCGUACAACACGUCCAAGGCCGCCGUGCUGCAGCUCGCGCGGUCAUUGUGCCAGGAAUGGGGCCAGUACGGUAUCCGUAUCAACACCAUCUCGCCGGGUUAUAUUAUAACUGCCAUGACCCAGGAGCUGCUGGACGUGGAACCCGAGCUGUACGAGACGUGGAUGCGCGGUGCAAUGCUUAACCGCCUGGGCGCUCCCGACGACUUCAAGACGGCCGCCGUGUUUCUGCUCGGCGACGGGUCGCGGUUCAUGACCGGCUCUGACCUUAGAAUUGACGGCGGCCACUGUGCUGGUGCAUAA